AUGGGCGGCAGUUUCUGGACUUCGACAUGGGCCAUCAUCAUCUAUGUCGUUGUCGGCUUAGCCUUGAUCAUUGGAAUGGCCUCUCUCGGCGUUUCCGACCCUGGAGCCAAGACCCGAUCGCGUGUCGAAGCGUACGCUCAGCAUGAGGAGGCGAAGGUCGCAUGGGCUACGUGCACCGACUACUAUGGCAUCCCCGGAUGUAAAGGGCACUGCAAGAAAUGUAACAAGAAGUGCUUCAAUAAGAAAUUUAUCUUGUCCGAAGGGGAGUAA